AUGACGGGUCAGGCUGCAGUACAGCGCUCGGCUUCCUCUCAUCAGCUCUCGGUGAGAAGCACACUGGAGGACCAACACGAGCGAGCCGGCAGCGCUAUCAGCAGGUCCGAGAAUGACGACACGUCAUCAGAGCUGGAGCGCGUCGCUGCUCUCGAACCUCCAAGUGCAGAGAUGCUCAAUUCCUUUAGAGGCAGGAGAGCUCUGUCCAGGUUGGUAAAUCUGGUGGUGACACUCAGAGAGUGGGCACAGAAGAGUCUGGUAGAGGAAGAGCAGCGACCCGACUCCUUCCUCGAGCGUUUUCAGGGGCCCCAGGUUGGAAAAGACGCACCGGCGGCUGCUGAAGUAGCCACCAAGAAAACAUGGGAGGGCUUCGUGGUGUCGCAGUCAGAUAAUAUUUAUUAUUACUGGCUCUUCUUCAUCGCUGUAGCUGUGCUCUAUAACUGGGUCCUGCUAGUUGCCAGAGCGUGUUUCGAUGACCUACAAAAAGAGAAUACAGAUCUGUGGUGGGUGCUGGACUACACUUGCGACUUCAUCUAUAUACUGGACAGCUGUGUUCGACUGAGGACAGGAUACCUGGAGCAGGGUCUUCUGGUGAAAGAGCCGGCCAAGCUGAGAGACAACUACGUCAAGACCUUGCAGUUCAAACUUGACGUCCUCUCCAUCCUUCCCACCGAUCUGCUCUACAUCCUCCUGGGACCCAACCUGCCUCAGGUCCGCUUCAACCGCCUGCUCCGAUUCGCACGCAUGUUCGAGUUCUUCGAUCGGGUCGAGACCCGCACCAACUACCCCAACGCCUUCCGGAUCUGCAACCUGGUCCUCUACAUCCUGGUCAUCAUUCACUGGAAUGCGUGCAUAUAUUACGCCAUUUCGAAGGCGCUGGGGCUUGGCACGGACAACUGGGUGUAUCCGAACAUAACCAGAUCUGGGACACUGACGCACACUUACGUGUACUGCUUCUACUGGUCCACACUAACACUAACCACUAUCGGAGAGAUGCCCCCUCCAGAGAGGGACGAGGAGUUCGUCUUUGUGGUUUUUGACUUUUUGAUUGGCGUGCUGAUCUUUGCCACCAUCGUGGGUAAUGUGGGCUCGAUGAUUGCAAACAUGAACGCCACGAGGGCGGAGUUCCAGGCACGCAUCGAUGCCAUCAAGCAUUACAUGCACUUCCGCAAGGUAAACCGCACCCUCGAGACGCGUGUCAUCAAGUGGUUUGACUACCUCUGGACUAAUGAGAAAGCUGUAGAUGAGCAGGAGGUCCUGAAGAACCUUCCAGACAAACUCAGGGCAGAAAUUGCCAUCAACGUUCAUUUGGGCACGCUCAAAAAGGUUCGGAUCUUUCAAGACUGUGAAGCUGGUCUGUUGGUGGAACUGGUUCUUAAACUGCGCCCCCAGGUCUACAGUCCAGGAGACUACAUCUGCCGGAAGGGCGAUAUCGGCAAAGAAAUGUACAUCAUCAAGGAGGGAAAGCUGGCCGUUGUAGCGGAUGACGGCGUGACGCAGUUUGCGCUGCUAACUGCGGGAGGUUGCUUCGGUGAAAUUAGCAUCCUCAACAUUCAAGGGAGCAAAAUGGGCAACCGGCGGACUGCUAACAUACGAAGCAUCGGCUACUCGGACCUCUUCUGCCUGUCCAAAGAUGACCUCAUGGAGGCUGUCACUGAAUAUCCAGAAGCUCAAAAGGUUCUGGAAGAGCGUGGACGAGAGAUCUUAAAAAAGCAAGGCCUCCUGGAUGAAAGUGUAGCCACAGGAGGGCUGGGUGUGAUGGACACGGUGGAAAGAGUCCAGCGUUUGGAUUCGUCUCUGGACGUUCUGCAGACACGCUUUGCCCGAUUGCUGGGGGAAUUCAGCAGCACUCAGCGUCAACUUAAACAGCGAAUCACAGCUCUCGAGAGACAACUGUGCCACACCGGACUGGGGUUGUUGUCAGACAAUGAGGUGGAAGGAGAACACAGUGGUGUUCAAACACAAGCAGACGUUCACACACAGGCUGAGAUACACACACAGGCGUUCACCGAGCCAGACACCGAGGCCGAGAAUCAGUAAUCGAAACGUCCAGAAUGAUUAUUAUGUAAUGUUGUCCUGCCAAGAAUUACAUGAUCUCACAAUGAGAACACACAUCUAGAGAACAAACAACAGGCCAUCCCCACAGGCAUCCCUUUGACACACACGUCUGGAUUUUCAUUUUACAUACAGGACUUGGAUGUUUUAAUGUCAGUUUGUUUCUUAAUUGUGCAUAGGAUGGUAGAUUACCAACAACCAAGUGUGGUGGGGAAUGUGCAUGCUUUUUGCCCUUCUAACAAGGAUAACAAGUUCACCAUGUUGGGCCAGGCUUCAUUUCAUAAAUCAUUUAUUAAAUAAAAGUUAUUAAUAUGUACGGAAUAUGAAUAUCUCAGUCAAUAUAUUUCUA